AUGAAACGAGCCGUCGAAGAAGCAUGUGAAACUGCUGAUUCAAGGCAAUUGACAGUUUCGGGUGACGGCAGCUGGCAAAAACGAGGGUUCGCUAGCCUCAACGGAGUUGCUGCCGUCCUUUCUAGUUGUUUAACACCAAAGGUUUUGGACAUUGAACGGAUGUCCAAAAAAUGUUCGGUCUGCGACGGUGCACGUAGUAUCAAACAGAUAAACAAAGAACAAUAUGAAAAGAUAAUCAAUAAUCACAACUGUCAAAUCAAUUUCAAAGGUUCUGCAGGAGCGAUGGAAGUUGAUGGUAUAUAUCGAUUAUUUAGUAGAUCCGUUGUACGGUACAAUGUGCAAUACGUGAAGUGAGUAAAUUUUGAAAAAUUUACCAGUAACUAUUUUGCUGUUUUGCAAAGAUUAUGAUUUAUUUUUGUUUUGCUUUUAUCACCUGCCGUAUCGUUCAUUAUUAUUUGCUUCUUCUUCAGAUAAGUACCUUCAGUUUGGAGCGUUUCCUUUUGUUCGCGCAGAGAUGCUUUGUGGAAUGUUUUGUAUUUAGCUAUAUCGGAGAUGGGGAUACCAAGACAAUGUUAAAACUGUCGAGUGAACCGCCUUAUCCUGGUAUAGUUGUUCAAAAAAUCGAAGAUAUAAACCAUUGGUGCAAGAAAAUGCACCAUCGAUUGGAAAAGAAAAAGAACGAGAUGAAGAAUAUCGUUAUCGACGGAAAAAAAGGCAUAUCUGGAGCGGGAAGGUUGACAGAAAGUAAAACAUUCACUUUCCUGACUAUUUAUUCCAGUGUUAUUCUUUGCAUUUUUCUUAGAUAUGAUGAUAAAUUUUAAGUAUUAUUACAGGCAAGCAAUCGUCAGAAACAAAAACAAUCUGGAAGAAAUGGUGAAGGCUGUGUGGGCGAUUUACAAACACAAAGUUGAAAUAUGGCUUUAAAACUAAAAUCCAGAACGCUUUCGAUUGUUUUUAGGCUUCAACUAAUCAAGAACCACAUCAUGAAUGGUGCAGUCCAACAUACUGUGGGUACUGGAAAGCCUUGUUGGAAGGUAAUGGUUACUUUUUGUUUCUUCUUUUGCUUUGCCGAAAAGUCUCUUGUGAAAGAAAAAGUGAUUUUUGUUCAUUUUCAAGAUUAUAUAUUUGCACGCUGCUAUCGAAUAAAAAAAACAAGUGUUUUUCAUUUCUUCUUACUCAGUUCAGCAAUCAGAAACAGAAACGUCUAUAUGACCUUGAACUAUUUUUUGCAGAUCAAGAGUAUGAUCAUACUACGCACGGUCUUCCGCAAGGAGUGAUGAAGACCAUUCGGCCAGUAUUCGAAGAAUUAGUCUCUCGUAAGUUUUGCAAAGAUUCAUUUUGCCCUCGAAGCUGCGCUUUUUGUGUUGCACUUAGCUGCUUGUACUGAUUUUGCUUUCUUUGAAAAAUAUAUAUUAUUUUUUUGCUCUGUUUUGCUAGGAUUUUCUUUCUUUGCAGCAAUAAUUAGAUAAGUAUUUUUUCUCUUAUAAUAUCAUGAUGCUUUGUGGAGUUUUCUAUUUGAAUUUUAGCCGAAAUCCUCAAGCGGGUUCUUCAUGGAUCGACUCAAAACCCCAACGAGUCUUUUCACUCGGUACUAUGGAGCAUGGCU